AUGAUAUCGAUGAUGAACAAUAUCCUCACCGUCUUCAUCCUCCUCGGAUUUCAACCUGGGAUUUGCGAAAUAAGCAGCGGCAGGUGCCAGCCAUCGUCGUGCGGGAACAUCCCAAACAUAAGUAACCCCUUCCGGUUGAAAGGUGAUCCUCCCUACUGCGGUCACCUCAGCUACGAGCUCAGCUGUGACCGCGUUCACAAUCGCACGCUCUUGCACUUGAAGCCAAUUGGAGAAUUCUAUGUGCAGGAAAUCAAUUACAGCAGCUACUCCGUUCGGGUGGUGGAUCCCGGCGUCUUCAUCCCUACUACUACUACUACCCUCAUCCCCAACUGCUCUUCUUCUUCUUCUUUGCCCCUUCAUUCUCUUCCCAUCUAUAACCUCAGUUACGGGGAAAAAAUGCAGUACACUAUAAGACCUCAUGCGAGCGACUUCUAUUACGACGAAGACUAUGUCGAACGUGUAAAGCAGUACGAAGUUGUUACAGUGAUGGAGUGUGAAGCCCCGCCGGUAACUAACCUUACCAUUUACAAGUCUCCUGAUGAUGAUGCUGCUGCUGCUACGCAUGCUCCUGUGUGCAAUACUAAUCAUAAUGGCACCCCCGGUUCUUCUUAUGCCGUGUUUGGAGGCUUCAGACCGUCGGAUCUGGACCCCUCUUGCACUAUAGUAGUUCAGACAGUGGUUGCCUCUUACGGCCGAUCCAUCGACUCCACCUCCUUCUCCGGUAUCCACGCCGCCAUGGCUUACGGUUUUGAGCUCUUCUGGUUCUCCCUUUACUGCGACGACUGUCUGCGGGGAAGACGCGGCUAUUGCUACCUCUCCUCCACGAAUAGCCUCGCCUGCUCACACUAUUUUGAACCAGGCUUCUGGGGUUCUUUACUAAAUGUUAUUAUGGCGACAUUAUAUUCGAUAAUAGGUCUCGAGAGAUACUUGUGGGCUCCAUGGUCAAACACGACCAUUUAUGUCCCAAUCGCAUAUAGAAUUUUGCUAAUUGGACUUUGGAUAACCAGAGUAUAUUUUGCAAUAAGGAUUUUUUGCGGAAUUCCAUGUGUGUUUGCAUUUUUUAUCUACAAGUUUCGGAGGAGGCACUUGUCAAUGUAUGAUAAUGUUGAACAGUUCCUACAAAAUCAAAAUAACCUCAUGCCAAUAAGGUACUCUUACUCAGAAAUCAAGAAGAUGACCAAUAAAUUUAAGGACAAACUAGGUGAAGGAGGUUAUGGCUCUGUAUAUAAAGGAAAACUUCGCAGUGGUUAUGAUGUAGCAAUAAAGAUGUUGGGUAAAUCCAAAGCUAAUGGGCAAGAAUUCAUCAAUGAAGUCGCUACCAUUGGAAGGAUUCAUCAUGUCAAUGUUGUCCGCCUCAUUGGUUUUUGUGCAGAACAAUCUAAGCGUGCUAUUGUAUACGAUUUUAUGCCCAAUGGGUCUCUUGAAAAGUACAUAUUUCCUCAAGGAGGAAAUAUCUCCCUAAGUAAUGACAAGAUGUAUGAGAUUUCUUUAGGCGUGGCUCGUGGGAUUGAAUAUCUACACCGAGGAUGUGCAAUGCAGAUUUUGCAUUUUGAUAUCAAACCCCACAACAUCCUUCUUGAUGAGAAUCUCACUCCAAAAAUUUCAGACUUUGGGCUUGCGAAGCUAUAUCCAACAGAUGACAGUAUUGUAUCUCUUACGGCAGCAAGAGGUACAAUGGGAUACAUGGCACCAGAACUAUUCUACAAAAACAUUGGUGGCAUCUCAUAUAAGGCUGAUGUUUACAGUUUUGGAAUGUUGUUGAUGGAAAUGGCAGGUAGAAGGAAGAAUUUGAAUGCUUUUGAAGAGCAUGCAAGCCAAAUAUACUACCCUUCUUGGGUAUAUGAUCAGUUUAGUAAAGGGAAGGACAUAGAAAUAAGAGAUGUCACAGAAGAGGAAAAGAAAAUCAUGAAGAAAAUGAUAAUUGUAGCUUUGUGGUGCAUACAAAUGAAGCCUAGUGAUCGUCCUUCAAUGCACAAAGCUGUGGAGAUGCUUGAAGGAACACUUGAAGCAUUGCAAAUGCCUCCCAAACCUUUCAUCUCUCCGCAAGAGAUGCAAAACGAGGAUAAUGGAGUCAACACAAGCCAACCAAAGCUACAAAUGCCACUGAGUGGUUCUAUAGAUUCUAUAAGCUUAGAUAUUAUUGAAAAUGAUACAAGUAAAAAUUAAGGAGUCUAGUAUUGAACAUUGUGCAAGAUAUGUCAGGAAAAGCCAACCUUCUCAAUCUACAAAAGCAAUUAAUUCUCUCAGUAUUUACUUGGACCAAGUGUCUUCAAUAUUUCUUGACUAUUGAAGCCAAUGUUGCCAUAAUAAGGAAAGUAAAUGACAAGCACUUUGUAUAUUAUCCCUCUAUUGCUUGAAAUUUUUAUUUUCAGAAA